AUGACCGACCUCCAGGGCCGCAAGAUCUUCAAGGUCUUCAACCAGGAGUUCAUCGUCGAUGAGAGAUACACCGUGACGAAGGAGCUGGGCCAGGGUGCCUACGGUAUCGUCUGCGCGGCGCAGAACAACCAGACCCAGGAGGGCGUCGCCAUCAAGAAGGUCACCAAUGUCUUCAGCAAGAAGAUCCUGGCCAAGCGUGCCCUCAGAGAAAUCAAGCUGCUGCAGCACUUCAGAGGCCACAGGAACAUCACCUGUCUUUACGACAUGGACAUUCCCAGGCCCGAGAACUUCAACGAGUGCUAUCUCUACGAAGAGCUGAUGGAGUGCGAUCUGGCCGCCAUCAUCAGGUCCGGCCAGCCUCUCACCGAUGCCCACUUCCAGUCCUUCAUCUACCAGAUCCUGUGCGGACUGAAGUACAUCCACUCGGCCAAUGUCCUCCACCGUGAUCUGAAGCCCGGCAAUUUGCUGGUGAACGCCGACUGCGAGCUGAAGAUCUGUGACUUCGGUCUUGCCCGUGGCUUUUCAAUGGACCCGGAGGAGAAUGCGGGAUACAUGACCGAGUACGUCGCUACUCGCUGGUACCGUGCGCCUGAGAUCAUGUUGAGCUUCCAGAGCUACACGAAAGCCAUCGACGUUUGGUCGGUUGGCUGUAUCUUGGCGGAGCUGCUUGGCGGCAAGCCCUUCUUCAAGGGCAGGGAUUAUGUCGACCAGCUGAACCAGAUCCUGCACUAUCUCGGUACGCCGAACGAGGAGACCCUGUCCAGGAUUGGCUCUCCUCGUGCCCAGGACUACGUCCGCAACCUUCCCUACAUGCCGAAGGUCCAGUUUGCUCAGCUUUUCCGCAACGCCAACCCCGAUGCCCUCGACCUUCUCGACCGCAUGCUGGCCUUUGACCCAUCGCAGCGCAUCUCGGUCGAGGAGGCGCUUGAGCACCGCUACCUCCACAUCUGGCACGAUGCGUCGGACGAGCCUUCGUGCCCCACCACGUUCGAUUUCCACUUUGAGGUUGUCGAGGACAUUGGCGAGAUGAAGAAGAUGAUCUUGGCCGAGGUGCAGAGGUUCAGGCAGAUGGUUCGUGUGCAGCCGCAGGCUGGUGUGCACCCCCAAAACCAGCAGCCCGCGGUACCGAUUCCGGAGCACUACGACCCCAGGGCCUACGAGAACCCCAGGCCUCAGGAGGCGCACGCUCCCCUACACGACAUGGGACUUGAGCAGGAGCUGCAGGCCGGCAUGGAUAGGAGAGCAUAG